AUUGAGCUCGUCGUCUUGACUCUUGUCGUUUAUAAGACACACUAAAAGUCGACCACCGACGCUCAUUAUUUACGUCUCAUCCAGCUGGACUGGCCACUGUAUACUCUUGUAAUUUAUUUAUUCAUUCGUUCCACACAUCGCUUGCACGCUAGCCGUCCAUGCAAUCAAACCGCCCGACCGUCCAGGCUGGAAAGUUCGGCCUGCCAAGUUCCCCCGCAUGCACUCGUCCCAGGAGAGACGCGCCUUUCGUGGAAGGUCACUCACGAAAUCAAAGUCAGCCUAUCGCUUUCAAUACUACUCGCCCGUUACGCCCUCGUAGACCCAUGGCAUCGGUGUCGGUUCCCGCCAGUGCCGUCCAUGUCACCCGGGCGUUCACUCGCCCUGGGCCUCAUACUAUAGGAACCACCUUUGAUUUCCGCUCCCAAACGCCUGCAGGCAAUCGCGAGUCGAGCACUUCAGCUGGAUCUGAAUCAUCUGCUUCAUCCUUCUCAUUUCAGGGGAGAAUGAAGGGGGCCCAUAGUCAGUUCUCUUCGUCCACUAGCUUAGAGGAUUUCUUGGACCCAUCAAACAAAUCCACUGGCCCUGAUAAAACACUCCAGACCGAUCCUAAUCUGUGUUUGGAUCCACAUGAAGACCCCCAGCAUGGUAGAUAUUUUUCAAUAUUGGAAAAUGGUGACAGCGUAUGGAAUCGUGUUGCUGCAGCUGCCAGCGUAUUGACAGUUAAUGUCAAUAAAGCAUGGUAUUCAAGGAUUGGCACCUCAGAGGGGGAAGAAACGGCUCCUGGACGUGACUCGCACUUGAUCCGCGUAAUGAAAGCCUAUCACCUUGCAAAGGCCCGUCAUCCGUCAGAUCUUCCCGACUGGCUCUUUGACGAGCGCGAACGGAAGCCAUCUCUCAGUUCUCGCUUCACAGAGUCGCCGAGAGGCGCAGUAUCUAAUGUUCAACCUCUGCGCCCUCCAGCGUUCCGUCAUGUCUACGACGACGCGGCCUCUCGUGCACAAAAUCAUCCACAGACCGCAUCCCACGUUCUUGUUUCUCCAGACAAGACCUCAAAGGCGGCGGAACGCUUAAAGGCAUUCAGGGAUGCAAAGCGCGCUGAUUUGGGGGUGCGGCACGUUUCCUCCAAGUCAGAGAGCUUGUCCUACUCUCCAUCACGAAUUCAUACCAACGUGGGUGAACGUCAUAGCGACGAUCACCGGGGCGCAUCGUCUUCUCCUACCACCAGACGACCUCUGCUGUCAGCACGGCCGUCUCAACCAGGCGCAUUUUGAUCUGGCUGGCAUGUCAGUCUUUCUCUGUCUGGAAGCGCGAGUUUCUGUGAGCACACAGACAAUUAUGAAUAAACAAUUUAUAUACUCUAUAUAACUUGGGUGUUAGACAUGUAUGCACAGGUGUUUUAGCGAAACUACUCAUUGGCGGUGUCGAAUAAAUGAAUUCAUUUUGUGAGACACCUAUAGCUAGAUCUUAUCUUAUCGUUGGCAAAUUCCUUCCAAAUCAGG